AGGAAAAGGUACUGUGACCGGAGAGAAUGGCAGCUCGGCAAGUGGACACGGGUUUACUGUGGACGAGAGCAGCAUCUAUUGGACACAACAGGCGCACGAAGACCAACGGCCGCAGUUCAAAAACGAUCAUCAAAAACCGGCAGUGGCUGCGGACGGGAUCUCGGGUAGACCGCCGACGAUGAAUUCGUUGCAACCGCCGCCACCGAUGCCGCCGCCGUCGUCACGACCACCGGUGAUUUAUCGAACGGACGACCAAUUGCAUGACGACGGUAAGCGCGAGGACGAGGAAGACGCCACCGCCGAAGACGGCCAUAACGGAAACAAAGACGAUGGCAGUGACGGUGACAAACGGUUUGAGUCUACGACUCGACAGGAGAGGACCUCUAAACUGGACGUUUCAGGUUCGGCGGCUGUCGCGGAGCCGCACGAUUUCCCCGAUUACGACGACGGUUUUAAAGACCUGACGACCGCCGACCGCCGAUUUCGGCAGCCGUCGUCAGUCGAUUACGAUCACAAUCGCGGUGAAGAAGACGACGACAAUAAUUGGAAAGCCAAACAGCACCGUAGGACGAGCGAAAAACGGCAACAGGACGACCAGGACGACGAUGACUCUUCGGCGGCCGGCCACGACGACGGCGACAACGGUUACCAAGUGCUCGCGUGCCCCGCGACGAAUAACUUUUACACGCAUUUCCGGUGGUGACAAAGUGCCUCGCCUGCCCAGGUUAAUUUAUAUUUAUUACUAUUUAUUAUGAUACUGUGUUUUGAUGAUUUUGUUGUUGGACCAAAAAAUAUAAUUUUGUUUAAAAUAUUGUUAUUCGCGUCGUUCAUUAAUAUUAUUCUAUACGUGUAAUCGGGUAGUAUCUACCUACCUUUACUUACCUAUCUGUUCUGAAUACAUUGUAAUUAUUGUUUUAUUUGUGUAUUUCUUACUUUAUUCUGAAUACUUUUAAAAACAA